CGACCCAUCGAGGUACUCCUCUCUUCAACUGCUACUAGUACUAUCUCCUCCCGUCUCGUGCUCUUGCGCGCCCCCGCAUCUCUCUCUCCUCGCCUAGGGUUUCACGCCCUCCGAUCCCGCGGCGGCGGCGAAGCUUCCACUCGCCUCGGCGGCGGCGCCGGCCAGGGACAUGGGAAUGGAGGUUGUUGGAACUGAGGCUGCACCAGCAGAGGUUAAAGUAACUGAUGGAGAAGUGAACCUUUUCCAAGAGAAUGAAAGUAAAGCAACUGCCAAGGAACGUGAGGAGGCGGUUCUUUUUGGUUCAGAUAACAGCACAGCUACAGCAAAUGGAGCCGCAAAUGGCGCUGAUUUGGCACCCCCAAAGGAUGCAGAGGAGGACUGGCCUGAAGCUAGGAAAACACAUAGCUUCUUCUUUGUCAAGAUCCGCUUACUUGAGGACCCUAAGCUGAAAAUGAAGAUUGAUCAGGCAGAAAAGGACUUCCAGAAGAAGAUUCAAGCUCGUUCUCAAAUUUUUGAGGCUAUAAAAGCCAAGAAGAAUGAGCGCUUCGGUAUUAUCUCAGAGCUGAAGCCAUUGGCUGCUGAGAACAAGCAAUACAACGAAGCCGUAAGUGAGAAGUUGAAGGCGAUAGAACCUCUUAGAAACCGUUUAGGAAAGUUCCGCGAUGAAAACAAUGCUAUCCGGGCACAGGGUGCAGGCAUAUGUUCUUCAAUUGAAGAGCUUGAGAAAUCGAUCAAGAGAUUGAACGACCGCAUAUCUCAUGAGAGCAUACCCUUGGAUGAGGAGAAGCGGUUGAUCAAACAGAUUAGAGAGCUUGAAAAGACCAGACCGAAAGUCAUCUCCACUUCUGCUAACCGAGCUCAAAUCCAAGAUACAGUGGUCGAAAGAGACGCCAUACAGGAUCAGGUUAAAAUCAUCGGGGAGGGCAUUGAUGGAGUAAAGAAGGAGCGACAAGCAGUCAGGUCUAAAAUUAAGGUCCUGGAGGAUGAGCUAAAGGCUAUUGACAUGGAGAUGGGUUCGCUUCAAGAAGAUUUAACUGCUGCCAAUGCCAGAAAGGACAAGGCACAUGAAUCAUUGGUCCAAUUGAGACAUGCACGAGAUGCCUAUAACGCAUCAUUCCAUCAAAACCGCCAACUUCUGAGCAAAGCUAGGGAUCUUGCUUCUAGGAGUGAGCUUGCACAAGUGCAAGAGCUCUACAAGACACAGGUUGACAAAUUCGUGGCAGAAUGGUGCAACAGCAAGGCCUUCAGAGAGGACUACGAGAAAAGGAUCCUCUCCUCCCUCAACAGUCGACAGCUUAGCCGAGAUGGCCGGAUGAGGAAUCCUGAUGAGAAACCCAUAUUUAUUGAAACAGAGGCAGCAGCACCACCUGUAGAACAAGAGCCUAUCCAAUCAAAAAUGCCUGCAAAACAAGCCAAGGAAGCGCCUGCUCCCCAAGCAGAGGUUUCUCCCAAAGAUGAGUCCCGCGUGAAAGCAAUAGCUAAGCCAUCUAAGGCUAAAUCCUCUCUGGAUGCUGAUGAUGACUAUGAGGCCGAGUCUCCCAAGGAGAAGCCAAAGCCUAAAGAGGUUGAUGUAGCUAAGUUGAAAGAGAUCAAGAGACAGGAGGAGAUGGAGAAGAAUAGACUUGCCCUGGAAAGGAAGAAGAAGCUGGCCGAGAAGCAAGCAGCGAAGGCAGCAGCCCGUGCACAAAAGGAGGCAGAGAAGAAACUCAAGAGAGAGGAGAUGAGGGCCAGGAGGAGGGCUGGGGCAGCUGACACCGAGGCGUCCACUGAAUCGGACAACAGGUCUGAUGGAGCAGCGGAGGCACAAGCAGAGGACGACUCCGCUCCUGCUUCUGCUCCGGUGAUGAGAGAACAGAGGGAGAGUGUCCGGUACAGCAGAAACGUCGUGACCAAGAGCAAGGCCCCGCUGCCGAAGGCGAUCCUGAGGAGGAAGAAAGCCCAGUCGUACUGGUCCUGGGCUGGCCCUGCUGCUGCAGUGGCCGCCGCGCUCGUCGCCCUGCUUGCCGUGCUAGGCUACUACCAGUACUACCUCCCAGCGAGCGCUAGCAACUGAUGGAAGGAAAGCAGGCAGCCCCCCCUUGAGAAUUGCUUACUUGAACAAUUUUGCAGGUGAGAAACAGAGUGCGUGGUCUGCUGAGACGUGGACUGAAAGACUGGAGAUUUGUUCGUUUUCGUUCUGUUAGUUUGAUGAUCGGUGGAUAAGAGUAAGGAAAAAAAAAGGAUAGAAGUUAAUUUUGGUUGGGACUUAGAAUCUCCUAUAUACUGCGAGUGAUCUCAUGUACUCUUAAACUGAAGCAUAGGUUGCCGUUCUGAAAUAAACAAUGCCGCAUGCUUUAGGUUUACUUAUC